AUGGCGUACAGCGGCGUGAGUGUCAAUGCCAUGGCUGAGUCUGGAGGACGUGGACGACGGUGUUUCCACAACAUCCUCUGGUUCACAGCCGUGUUCAGCAUGUCGUCACUGGUGAUGGAGUCAGUUAAGUUGUACACAGUGUCACAGAUCACAGCGCUGGAAAAGCAGUUUGGACUCAGCAGUACAAAAAGUGGCCUACUUCUGAGCUGCAGCGAAAUCGGCUAUCUUUCAGCUAUUUUCUUCUUCAGCCAUUUUGGGGGAAAGCGCUUUAUACCUAGGAUCCUGUCAUGUGCAUUAGCUGUGUAUGGUAUUGCUAGUUCAAUGUCGGGUCUGUUACACUUCAUGAAUCCUGUAUCGCUUCCUACUUUAGAGGACCUUGCCUCCAACUAUUCUUCUUCACAAAGAGUCAGGUCUGUGUCUGGAUUCCGUGCAGGAGCAGGAGCGAUGCCCGUCUUCGGAGGAUCAAGUGACUGA